GUUACUUCUAACCAUGUAUUACUACUACUGUACAGCUACUAUGUAUGCUGUGUUUACAUACUUGAUCUCAGCAAUGUGACUUCUCAUCUGGCUCUCUAGUGAUUGACUUUUCUCCCUGUUGAUGACCUUGUGUAUAAUCCCCUCUCCUCCCUGUCUGUUUACUCCUAGGUCAUUGUCUCUGUGCCAGAAACUCCCAUAAUCCACUCACACACACCACCUGUGUUCUAUACUGUACUGUAGUUGUGUAAAGAGGAGAGGUUAUAUAAGAGCUUCAGAGGCUGACACACACCAGGUUGACAACAGCAGGUCCACACAUCCAGGUCCUCUGACGAGCCCUCUUACAGUGGGUUCCUCACUGGAGAGAAAGAGAGUCUAGGAAGACUGAGGAAACAGUUUGAGAGGAACUGACCAGUAGAGCUGUAUUUUCACUAUCAGUCUCUAAGCAAAAUUUGAAACCCUGGAGAACCACUGCAAGAUGUUUUUCAGACUCCCAAGACUAACUCCUGGAUACCUACGGUAUCUACAGACCCAGGCUAGGGCGAGUGAGACCCAGCGAGCUGGGGACCUGCCCCGUCUGGCCAUGCUCCUGGGGGCCUUGGGGAUCGGGGUGUGUGGCUACAGCUCCAGGCAGCUGGCACUGCACCACCGGCCCUCUGCCCGCGUGCUGACCUGGAUGGACGUUGGGAGCACCCCGGUGAAGGGGAGAGCCCCUUCCUUCAUGGACCUGUCUCAAAGCCACAGCAUCUGUCAGGACAUCCCAGCUCCAGCAUUCGCUGGGCAGAAAAUGCCUUAAAACAACCACCAAAUCUAGAGUGCAUGUUUUAAUCCCUCAGUAUGCAGCACCUAGCAACGUAUGGUGGAGCUUUACUCCACUGUGCUAGCACUUCAGUGUUAACACACGUUUAACCCUAACCCAGAGAUCCAUAAUCUGAUAAUCAAUAAUUACUAGCCACACCUGUGUGAGAUUCUGCAUUGACAUGCAGUAUAGGAGCUGCUAUACCAGGUUAUGGAUUUAAAAUUGCUGAUUGGAUGAGUAGUUCAACUUGUUGCCACAGUGGGUAGGAAGGUUUAGCUAUGGAAGUCUGAUUUAGCUACAUCCUGUGUGUCUUUUGUGAAGUCAUCGUGUUUGGCUCAGCCCCCUGGUACACAUAUGGUUGGCAACCCCUCGGGCAGGUUGCCAUCCAUAAGUGUUGGCAGCUCAUCCACAGCCAACGACUUCCAUUGAUUUCAACUGAUAAGAACUAGGGGGACCUAUCCAUCACUAGAGCUUGGCAUCCACUGUCAGGUCUGGACUGGAGUGAAAGUCAGGUUUUAUUUCACCGUUUCUUCAAACAAUAGUGCUACAGUAGUCGUUCUCUCUGAAGGUGUCAAUUCUCUUACAUAUUGAUAUUGUAAUGAGGUACAUUGCAAGAAAAGGCUGGACGAUUGUUCAGCUACAGUUACUGAAGCAUGCUAGUGAUGCCUCUGGUUGUAUAGAAUGAUCCAGACUAUCUUUAUGAUGUCUCACUGCCAUGCCAUGUAAAUAAUGUAACUGUAUCAAUACUGCUCAUUAGAUUAUAGCUCUUAUUUGAUCAUGGUUAAAAUUAUGAGGGAGAGCGAGAGAGAACAAAGCUCCUCAUCACUAAACCAAUUUCCUCCUGUGGGAUUAAACCAGGUGGAACAUCCGUGAGCUGGCAUGCAUUGCUCCAAUCUGGUAUUAGGGAUGAGGACAGGAGACUGGUUCCUGCAGUGCCAUGAACAGAGGCUGUGUUCCAAAGUGUUCAUAUGAUAUCAGGUAUCUUUAACUAGAUUGGGAAAUGUCCACAGCAUCUUUCAGAAUGAGAAUUUUUCUGUUACUGCUACCAAAGGUCAUUAUGAAUUUCUCAGAGCUAGUGUGAACCACACCUAUAUUUUCCCCCCAAAGAAGAUAGUGAGAUGCAAAAUGAAACAUCCAUUGUACAACCACUGGAACCACUAAAUGUCGAACCAAUGCUUUUGUCUGUAAACAACAGAGGAAUGAUAUUAAGGAGAGCAGGUACAGUAGAGGUCUGAAAAAGCUGAUCCCAUAAUCCUUUUCCACAGCAGCUGAGCCAGUUUCCUGUGUCUGCCAGAAUAGAUGUUUUUAGCAGGACCAGAUUAGCUGUGCUAUUAGCUGUGCUAGCCCUGCCACUGCAUUUUAGGUCGCUACAAAUGGCCCUAAUCCACUCAGCAGAUGUGCUAAUUGGCUGAGCUGGCACCAAAGAGCGACUGGCAGUUCCCUCAACUCAUGACAGAGACUGACACUCAAACACUUGUUAAUGGACUAUCUAAUGGUUUUACGCAGAAACAUGACACGAUGUGUUCACGUUGAGCUCAAUUUGGAAACCACUUUUUUGGGAACAGAAAACGAAUGUAUCCUGUUAGGUCAACCCCUAUUUCCUUCAAACUAAAAUAUUAUGUAGUCUGUACCUACUGCAUACAUGUUGUAUGAAAUUUGCUUGGGCUUGUAAGGAAUUUCUGGGACAAAUAAAUGUGUUCAAUUUUUGGCA